CUUCAAUUCAAUCCCUACUAGCCUAGUACUCCGUACAAUACAGUAACUACCUAGUACUAGGCACUGUGGUACAUCCUAGGUUAGUAACUUUCGCAAAACAUUGAACAUUCAACUUGAAUACAAUACCGACUUACUAUGUGCCUAUUUUUACCUCUCUUUCUUUCAUUUCUGUCGACUUGCUCCGCUUAGUCCAUGGUCUUUUUGCCAACAUGUUGAAGUCGACCUACAAACCUUCCUCGAACGUACCACCCCCUUUGCCUCCCGGCUGGACUGAGCAUAAAGCUCCCACUGGUCAUACAUACUACUACAACACGACCACCAAAGAAUCCACCUACAAACGUCCUGGCACAACAUCACUUCCAGCCGGUACUGCUAUCACCCAACCAGCUCCUCUUCCUGUGCCUCAAGACCCUCACGCGAACUUCCUUCAGUAUUCAACUGUACCCCAGCUUUCCGAUCCAAAUAUAGCAAAUGCCUUCCUUGCCCAGUACGAUCCGGCGCGUCAACGCCAAGCGCAACACCAGCAUCAUGGUAACCGUGGUGGACAUCGAGGGGCCCCAGAUGGUAGAGGGGAUCGACCACAUCCGCGUCCCCAACCGAUAGAUAAGCCAAAAUCUAAAGUUGCUAUACCAGGUUGCGAGCCUUGGUUGUUAGUAUACACAAAGUAUGGCCGUAGAUUCGCUUACAAUCCCGUCAAAAAUGCCAGCUACUGGAGAAUACCCGAGAAAGUCAUGAAAGGCGUGCUAGAGCUAGAUAUCAAUGGGAUCAAGGAGAAAGCGAUGGGUACCCAAAGCGAAAACGUAGAUGCAUCUGAGCCGGCAUCCGUAGGACCACAAAAGGAAGUUUCCGUCGGACCUACAGAGGAGCCGGAAGAGAUAGGUUCCGACUAUGAAGAAGUUGAGGUCACAGAUGACGAGGGCGAAGGUACAGGAGAGGGCGCCGAAGAUGAGGGCGAGGGCAACGAUGAACAUCGACCGAAACGCCAGCGCACUGAAGACCAGACCGACGAUAUGCCCGUAGAAUUUAACGAGGACGAUAUUGCCUACCAAUUACAAGCUAUGGGUGCGGAAUAUGGCCUCGAUCCGGGCGAGUAUGAUGAUGGGAAUCCAGAUGCGUGGCCCGACGGCGCUGAAGGCCUCCCCCUCUCCGACACUGACGCUCGAGAACUAUUCAAAGACCUUCUCAAUGACUACGGCAUUAAUCCAUACUCACCAUGGGAGAAAUUAAUUGAAGAAGGCCGCGUCGUCGACGAUGCGCGGUACACGAUACUGAACACAAUGAAAGCGCGCAAGGAGGCUUGGGAAGAGUGGAGCCGUGAGCGCAUCCAGAUUCUCAAGGAACAGCGUGCCAAAGAGGAAAAGAAGGACCCCCGCAUACCAUACAUGAACCUCCUCCAGCAGAAAGCGACCCCAAAACUGUACUGGCCAGAGUUCCGACGCAGGUAUAAGAAGGAGGGUCCUAUGCGUGACACGUCUCUCACUGACCGCGAUCGCGAGAAGUGGUACCGUGAACACAUCAACCGACUCAAACUAUCCCCGGAUACCCUCAAGAAGGAUCUCACCGCGUUACUGCGCAGCGUUUCUCUUCACGUCCUCAACAACAAGUCCCAUAUGGAGAACCUACCGCCGCAAAUUCUUACUGACUUGCGCUAUAUUAGCCUGGACCCCAAGAUACGUGAUCCCCUGAUAGAGACUUACAUCCAGAGUCUAGGACCACCGCCCGCAGAGGGCGAGGCGGAGGAAGAGGAUGAUGCCACACGUAAGGCAAGGGAGGACAGGAGAAAGAGGGAAAAGGCGCUCGAGGAGCGGGAGCGCAUUGUCGCGGAGGAAAAGCGCAGACAGAAGCGGCAGCUCGAGUAUGGAAAGGCCGCGCUACGAGAAGAGGAGCUUGAGCUUGAAAGGGCUAUGCAUGUUGGGAAGAAGGGCUUGCAAGGUCAGUUACUAGCUGCACAAAAGGCCAAAGAAGCGGCUGAGUAGGUAAUGUCCAGGUUGCUACCAUUUGACGUUGUAUGAAUAUCUAUCAAGUACCCAGGGUACCUAUCCACAUACCAGGGGUACUAGGCUUGAGUUGGUAGUUGACAUGAGGCAUUGUUACGGCCAGAAAUAGCAACCCAUCAAUGAUUAUAGGGUUAUCAAGAAACGCCCAAUGUCUUUUCUUUUACAUAUAAUGAUAAUUUGUCAAAGCUUUUGUUUCAUUCAUGAUCAUUAAAGUCAUGUAAGCUACCUAGCAUUUGUGCAGGAUUUCUAGCUUAACCUCGAUACCUCACUCCUCCCGAAUCAUAGCCAAUUGUCGAACCAGGUGACGGCUUGAAUGAAGGCUUGCUCUCUAGCGAAGCGAUCCGUUUUCUUGUUGGGGUCACCUCGGACGGAGAAGCCGUGCUCGACUUGAGAGUAUAGGUUGAUCUGGUAGGGAAAGCCAUUCUUGGCGAGGAUUUCUUCGGAGCGGUGGCGCUUGUCCGCCGGGAAUAUGGUAUCGGUCUCGGCCGCAGAGAUAGAUAGUGGCGCCUUGAAUCCCUCGAGCUCGUCCUCAUCCACAAAGGACGGGUGUGCCAUGUAGCCUACCUGUAUGCCAUUCUUGAAGUGGCGCGCAACAUACUGGAUAGAUAUAAGUAACCUAACUGUAUAAUGGAGACAGAAAUAAAAUAAAAUAGAAUAAAAUAAAUGCAUACCUUGGCUCCGAAACAGUACCCAA